AUGGCCAGCGGAAUAUUUACAAUAAUAGAAAUUAUCAAGUACAGCUAUGCUGUACUUUAUAAAAGUCAAGUGAAAAACUGUCUAAUAUUGGUUGAUGAAGAUUGGCGAAACGUCAUCAAUCCGAGUGAUCGCAUUUCGAUGAUCGACAGAGUUAGAACUAGCAAACGUCUGAUUGUAAUAUGCGCCAUAAUCGUGUAUGUGACCGGAAUGGCUGUCCGAAUGAUCAUUCCGUUGUCAGUGGGGAAGAUCGUUACUUCUCAAAAUAUCACUAUCAGACCACUGCCUCACGUUGCCUAUCUCGUUAUAUUUGACGUGCAACGUAGUCCAGUUUAUGAAAUCGUAUAUUUCGUACAAUUUCUAGCAGGACUUAUAAAGUACACGAUUACGAUGACAACAUUUGGUUUUAUGACACUUUGCGCGAUGCAUUUUUGCGCUCAGUCAGAUAUACUUGUGACGUUAAUGAAUAAUUUCGUGAAUGAGAAUCAACCGGAAAAUUUGAACACAAGAUUGGCAAUUGUAGUAGAACAUCAAAUCAAAAUAAGGAAUUUCUUACAAUUGGUGCAGAGUACCACUCAGUAUCCAAGUUUAAUAGAAAUCUUGGGAUCUACGAUUCUAUUAUGUUUCGCAGGAUAUUACAUUAUCAUGGAAUGGGAAGAUCAUAAUGUUAUUCGCCUGUGCGCAUAUAUCAGUGUACUAAUAAUGUUCUGUUUCAACAUAUUUAUCUAUUGCUACAUGGGCGAGCAAAUCAUCGAGCAAAGAGAAAAGAUAGCAUUAACAACACGUACUUUGGAAUGGUACCGUCUUCCGGAUACAAAAGCACGAGCAUUGAUUUUACUAAUAAUUAUUUCCGAAAACCCAUUAAAUCUUAAAGCAGGAAAUUUAAUUGAUAUUUCUCUCAGAACCUUUGGCAAUGUGGCUAAAAUGUCUGUGACAUAUUUAAAUUUUCUUCGAUCAGUUGAUUGA